AUGCACACCGUUUCAGUGGCAUUGUCGAAGAGGUUUAUCCGGUCUCUUGCCACCCAGGUUCAAUCUGCUCCGAAGGAUGGUGGAGAUUUUGUGCGCUACUUGGAAUAUUUGAAAACCUCGAAGGAUAUGAGGCCCUUGUUGUACCGCCCUAGGAAUGCCGCCAAGCUUCUAACAAUGGAUCUAGGCGGUGGUGAGAUUCCAACGCCUCGUGAUCCCAUUCAGCUGCCUUCGGUACUCACAUACGCGCAACUACUGGACCAGAUGGAAAGCGCUGAGCAGUUACAAAAGCAUUUCGUCGAGCUGCGUCAGGUACACAAGAAGGCGUUGUGGGAGCAUCUCUCGGCACAGCAUCUACAGCAUAUACUUCUCCGUGCAACUUUUGGUCUUCACUGUUUUGGGCCUACUUUGACUGCUGUGUACCAGCUCAAGCCUUUGUUUGCUCGCGCCAAAAACACAACCGCCUACGACGUUGACCAUCUUUUUAACACGAUCUUAACCUGCCGUCUGCAUACCAACUCCCUACUCCAGGAAAUAGACCCAGUUGUUGCUACAAAGAAGGUAGCAAUGUCGUGGGAGAACACAAACGUGCGCCAGACCAGUACCGGGUUAUCUGCAGAGCUUCUCACUGCUUUGAGCAAGCAGGUUGGAGGAGAAAUCCCUGUUCCAACAGAGCUAAAAGUCCCUGUCAUAUUGCCCUCCAUUGACGUGGAUGCCUGUAGCAUGGGGAAGGCUGCAGCCUUUGUUUCUGCGCACAGGAUCCGGUACUUGCAAGCAAGGACGGCUACCACAUUCGGCUCGACCAACGAAGCUGUGAUGGCUUUUGUUUCUUGCUAUAGGGCUGCUUUGGAGCGCACUGGCCGCGUGGACUUCUAUGAUCUAUGCGUUGCUGCACUGGCGCCUAAGCAAGAGCCAUAG